AUGACUCGAUACAAGAAGGCAGCGAAUGCCAAAGGUAACCAACGCGGAGGUAUAAGCGCACAAACUGCCGCCAACAUUCAACAACCAGAUUUUCAACAAAAUGGGCCAAGAAAGCGUGGACGCCCCAAGAAGAAAGAGGUGAAGCCGACCGAAAUUUUCAUCAAUUUGGCUGAAGAAAGUGACGAUGACUGUGAGGAGCCACAGCCACAAUCACGGGCUCUCACAUUGAGAUUGCCAGUCCCAUCUAAGCUCUUCGAAAGUCUUGGCUAUUCUGCGGUUGAGUUCCUAGAUGGAAUGAAAGGCGGUCGAUCAGUCAACGCAUUUCUCGCAUCUGCCGGCUUGGAACCAGAUGAUGAAAGGAUUGAUCAAGUGGAAGAGCUGUGUGGAACGAUCUCGCAGAUGUUGAGAAGCCGACGAGCCCCAAAACUUAAAGUCAAGACGACAAUGUGUGCGCCCGGCUCCUUACUUCCUAUUCAUUCUUUCUUUGUACACAGAGCAGUCGGGAAUGUUCUAACCCUUGCGGCCCCUCUCGAAAUCUUUCAGGCUUCUGCGCCAAUCAAUAGCAAAACAUUCGGUUUUGUUAGAGACUUAGAUGAUUAUUCACCUCUGAUGUGUGCCAUUUCUGGCAUUCAUGAUCUCUUUAAGGAUCAAAAGAAGAUUUUCGACUCAACGAUAUGGACGCGCGAGGUCUUUCAUCUCGCCACAUAUCGUGACCACAAGAUGAAAUUUAAUGGGUAUGAAGCACACAAAGGUCUUCCGAAAGGUUAUACCUUUUGUUCCCACGUCGAGCCUACACUUAUGCUAUGGUUUGCAUGUCGAUGGCUCAUUAAGGUCUCUGAUCAGUCCUUUUCCUCUUCCGAAAGCAGGUGGCCAAUAUAUGGAGAAUCAACCAGAAAGGAAUGCCGACACCCCCGAAAGCAGAGGUGGUGAUCGACCGAAUUCCCUGUAAAAGCUGCAAAGAUAUGAGAGAACUUAUCGAGGAGAUGACGGGAAUCAAGUAUUACUUCCAUUACAUUCCCAAAGUUGGAAAUGCAUUACAUUCCCAAAGUUGGAAAUGUCUACCUUUGAAAAGGACGCAUAUGGAAAUCAAGUUUUCCCUCUGUGCGCAGAUGAAGGUGAUAUUCUCUCAUCAGAGGAUGAAGUCGAUGAAGAGGAAGAACUUGCGAUGCGAAGGCAAGCACAGAUUCCAUUUCCACAGAAAGUCCCUGAUCCAAAACCUGCAAUCCAAGAACUACCAGAAGUGCACGUCAAGGAGUCUACCGUUACGAAGAUCUCGAAAUGGAGUUAUAACGCUCCCGUCACACCUCCCGCCACACCUCCCAAGAGCCGUUGGCGCCCUGAUAGGCAGCCAUAUAUUGAGGAGGUCGAGGAUGAAGACGAAGACGAAGACGAGUUGUAUACACCUCUCCGUAAGCGCCCAGCAAGCAAAAUUGAUCGAAAUAAAAUCAAUAAGAAGCGAAAGCAAGCAGGCGAAGCAUCUCCAGGCCCUGCACCAAAAAAGCAUCAUGCCCGGCAACCUACAUACUUUCCUUGA